AUGGCAGGCGCCCCUACUGUUUCUAAAUCUAAAACCAAGAAAUUAGAUUUGAAGUUGCCGGAUGAUAUCAAAGAAAAAACAUAUAUAACCAAACAAGUUGAUACUUCUAUUGCAAUUCUAGAUAGUCCGGAGAAUGACGUUGUCCUUGAAUCCUUGUUAUUUUUGUCCAAAUAUGCGGAUAUUCGCCUGAACAAUUUGAAUUACCUGCAGCAGAAAGGACUUGUAACCAAAUUACUGAACCUUUUUCAAAAAAAUGUGUGUAUUCUUCGACUGGCACUGAGAUUAUUGAAUGUGCUUUUGGCACUGGAUACCGUUCUUCUUGAGCUUGACCAAGAAAUUCAUGAUGAAAAAAUUAUAGAGAUAUCCAAUCUCUAUGUUUAUCACAGCGACCUGUACGUUAAAGAAUUUUGCGUCUCCAUUCUGUCAAAGUUAGCAGUAUCUUGUAGAAUAACGUCUUUGAUAUUCAGAGUUGACUUACUGAACCCAGUUCUGUCUACCAUAAAAACAACUCAAAGUCUCAACUUAUUAGAGUCCACUUUGGCAUUUUUCUACGAACUUCUCAAUACGCCAGGAGUACUUUCUAUUUUACCAGAAGUAAAAAAUUUUGAUGUGUCAAUAAUAUUAACUCAAACGAAACAUACAGAAGACAACAUUGCAGAAUUGGCAUUCAAAGUAGUUCAGAGGCUCACCUCUUUCGGUUUAGAAGUUUUCCAACGGAUGUUCCAGCAAUCUAAGUUAGUGGAAACAUUAUUAGGAAUAGUUAUGGAUACUGAUAAAAAGAAAUUUCACACCAUAGCUCUCGACAUAAUUGAAAACUGCAUGAAUAGUGAGGAAACAUCUAGUUAUUUCAUAGAAUCACUGGAGUUUCUGAAUUUUUGCCUCUGGGUUAAAACUUGUGAAAGUGGGUAUCUUUUACCUUGCGUAGAUAUAUUUGAAAAGUUAUCCAAGAUACCUAAAAUUAGACAAAUCCUUUUCGAUCUUUCAGUGGAGGAUUCAAUAUUAUUUUUCCUUAGAAGCGAAGAUAAAAUAAUUUUGAACAAAACUUGUCGAGCUAUAUCUAAUAUGUCCGAACACAAAUAUUGUUGUGAUCAUAUGCUGACGCCAAUGGUACUCAAAACGCUUGUUGAAAUUUUGGAAAGGACAGAUGAAGAAGAUCCAGAGAAUGAGGUAGCGCUAAAAACUAUUUCUGAUUUUUGUAGAAGAUCACUCAAAACAAUAGACUUACUCUACUCGCUGGGAAGCCAGAAAAUUUUGCUUGAUCUCUUCAAGAAAGGAAACAAAUUGUCGGAAGAUACUUACCUCAGAAUACUUGAGAUAUUAUACAAGUUUGCAAUUCAUCCAGUAUACCAGAAAGGAAUUUUGAACGAAAAAUUUUUUGUGGAGCUUUUAAAAUUGUUGGAAAAUGGUCCUGAUAGUCUUUCAAUAUUGGCUACUGAAAUCAUCACUUACUUCACCGAUAGUAGCGAUUUCCAGAAAGUUUUCCUAUCUCUGAAAGGCCCUUCCAUCGUUCUUAAUAAGAUAAAAACCACCUCGAACUUGAGAGUCCUGAAAGGGCUUCUACUCUUCAUGCACAGCGUACUAUCAGAUGAAAAUUGGACCAUGGAGUUCCUUCGGAACAAUAUUGUAUCUACUUUAAGUAAACUUCCCAAUAAGAUCGCGUCUAAGGCACCUUUAAUCAAUACCAUUAUAUCUACCGCUUAUAAUAUCCACCUGCCUACGAAGUUUUUUCAGUUGAAUCGUCUAGAGAUUACAGACAAACUAAAAACUAAGUUUUAUUUGAUAAACGGCAAUUGGACAUCACCUUUUCCUUUCCUUGAAAUUUUGGAAGCAUUGAAAAUGUCAACGCUUUCAACUGUAUACAUUGUGGAUUAUACGUAUGAGGUACGCAGUGAACGAGUAAAAUCAAAAGAUAGUAAAAGUGGAGCAUCUAGCCUAAUAUUGAAAAGAGAAGAUUCUCUAGAUUCAGUUGUAUCUUCUCGUUCUUGUGGAAACCCUUACAAUGUCAGGUAUGGCAAAAUAUCAGCAGAUCCCUUUCUACCAAGGUUUUUGAAUCAUUUGAACGGAUUCAUUAAUGAAAAUAUGGGAAUGGAUAUGAAGAUUCGAAUAUUAGCGGAAUAUGUAGAUACUAUACUUUCUGGUCCGAAAGAUAACCUGACAGAACCGGAAAAAGUUCAUCAACACCAACUCCACUUGGCGUGUCUCAAGGAUAAACUAGGCACCAACGUGAUACCGAUAGGCUUUCUGCGAAUUGGUUUCCACUGUGAGAGAGCACUUCUCUUCAAAGCAUUGGCCGAUAGAAGUAAUAUUCCAUGUUCUCUAGUUAAAUCGGGAAAAAUACUUUACUAUAAUGAAGUGGCUUUAUUUGAAGAUAACGAUGCUACAUUGAAACUUUAUAUAGUGGACUUGGUGAAUAAUAUUGGCAAUUUGCUAAUGGUCGGAUCAAGAGAAGCUAAUCAGUAUUGCAGUCUGAAAACGUGA